UGGACUGCUCAAGUGAACAUGACAGAACCUACGAACAUACCGACUGAAGAGGAUACAGGGCCAGUAAUACCCGUUACUAAGCAUCAUGAUGAAACAUGGAUCUUUGAAGAAGAUGCAUUCUGGAACCAUUCACCAUCCAGAAAUCAAAAAAUGACCAUUUCUCAAGAACUCAAGGCCAAGGAAUCCAUCCAUGACUUUGUCAUUCGAUUAGGCUCAAAAUUAAAACUAGAUGCAAGAACUAUACUCAGUGCCACUAUUUAUUUGCACCGUUUUUAUAUGAGAUUACCUAUAACAUCUUCAAAGUAUUACGUUGCCAGUGCAGGAAUCACAAUAUCAUGCAAAUUGAAUGACACGUAUCGACAACCGGAUAAAAUUGCAUUGCAAGCUUGCAAUUUGAAAAACACUAGUGGGAAACCUAUAGAUGAACAAAGUGACAUGUUUUGGAGAUGGAGAGACCAAUUGCUAUAUCGAGAAGAGUUGAUUCUAAAAGCAUUGAAUUUUGAUUUGAACAUAGAAUCUCCUUAUGAAGUUAGAGAUAGACUUAUUGAAGAUAAUUUUGAGCAUCAGGACACUGUCUUUGCAAAGAAAAGAGUGGAUUUGCUUAAGAAUUCAGUCACUUUAAUAGAAACAUUGUCCAGUUUACCCAUACUUAUAUGCUACGAUAUAAAUACCUUGUAUGCAACAGCAAUAAUUAUUACCUUCUUUGAAUUCAAAGCCAAAGAACCAGAUUUACAGCUUCCAAAUCGAUUUUUAACAGAUGAAUUAGAAGUUGAUUUACAAACAUGCAUGAAAUGUUUCUUGUUUAUAAAGAAAUUGUUAAAAUAUAGUCAACAAGAUCAACAUUUUGUUAGUAAUAAAGUUGCUGCUAGGAGAGUUUUAAGUAUUCCUACAGUUGAAUUUGAACAGAUUAUAAAACGUAUGGAAGAACCAAGAAUCAAGCUUGCUCAACCUUAGAUGAGGAGCUGAACAAUAUCAGGGUUAUAGAAAAUCAAACAAUAAAGGACUUAAGUAAUACCCUUAUAACAUACAUUCGGAAGACAUUUCUUAUUUGGAAUGUUAUGAUCCAGUACAUUGAACCAAACAAUGCAUAUUGACUGUUUGCACAGAAAUAAUAUCAUAAAACCAUGUAAAUAUUCACGGUAGUUAUAAGAGCUGGUGCUCCCAAUUAGUUCACAAACUAAUCAUAUAAUUUUGAAUUAAAGAAACAACUAUACAUGUGCAAAAUACCUUGUUAAAACUUCAAAUAAUUUUGGAUAGUUUGUAUUAAUUGGAUUAACUUCAAAAGAGCGAAUUAUCAGAACUACACCUGCCUGUUAAAGGAAGGAGAUUGAAUCUGAAAGAAUGUGGUGAACAAAUACAGCUUCUGAAUGAGAUACUAGGACAGAUAUUUUUUGUACCUUAAUCAAGUUCACUUUGCUCGAUUGAGACUAAUACAUAGUCAUUUGUAUAAUGUUUUUAAUUCUGCAUUAUUUCAUUCAAUUUAUUAUAAUGAUAUUUAAGACACAUUGUUAGUAGCUGAUCAUGUCGUAAAUCUAUUCACCUAGAAUUAUAUCAUUAUUAAUACAUAUGAG